ACGGUGGAGGAACAACUCGUCUCAGUCACUUUACUCCAACCUUCCCAGCCAGACAGGGAGAAAGAGAGUAGAGAAAUCCUCAUCCGGAGGUAUUUUCAUCGUCAAAAAAGUCGUGCUCCCAGCAGCAAAAUAGUGUAAGUACUAGUACGACCGACAGAAGAAGAAGAGUAGCUCGCUGGCCUGGCUCCGUUUUCUUCUUCUUCUUCUUCUUCUAGUAAAUAAUAAUAAAAGUACUAACGGCUUUAUUAUUACCGCCUUCACAUUUUUUAGAAUAAAGUUUUUUUUUUCUUGGCCAUAUUUAUCAAAAAGUUUGUGGGAAACAAUUAUACAAAAAAAAAGAAAUUUUUUUUGAACUGGAUAGGUUUGAAUAAAACUUUUUUGAAGAUUUGUGCAGUGAAAUUGUGUGUGCAGUGAAAAAAGAGAGAGACUGGAUAUUCGGCCGGAAAUAUUGAAGUGGUAUAUUUACACUUUUUUUCACUCGCUCGUUCCGUCGGCGUUCCUCCAUCUGAUCCCAAAUCUUACUGCUGCUCAGUUGGCUGGUGGUGCAGGAGGACUGAGGGGAAAAAUUUUUCAAACAAAACAACAAUGAACCGGCUCAGACGAAGCGAUGAAAAAGCCAGCCACGAUCACCACCAACAAGCCACCACGAUACAAAAACUCCUCGAGAGAUGAGAGCCCACUCAUCAUUUGAUGGCUUAUCGAGCCGUGUAAAGUAAAGUGAUACUACUCUCUCUUGAGUGAAAGAGUGUUAAGUGUUUUCGAGCCAGGUUUUCUGUCCGUUGUUGGUUCUUGUCUCUUGAAAAUUUAUGAUGAUGACUUGAUUCACGGCCCACCAGAUAAAAAAGUGGUUGAGAAGGGUCGAGUGCUUGGUCGGAGAUUGGAUUGAAUUGAACUGAACUUUCUCUUCAAAAAGAGGCAAAAAAAACCAUUAUGUAGCCAGCUACAGGUGAACAAACCGUUUAAUAAAUGACCAAAUCGCACUUGUUAACUAAACCUUUGCAACAAUGGGGGUACGAAGAAUGUUAAUGAUGAUUUUUUUACGCGACCACUUCCCUCCGCUGAUCUAAAAAAAGUGAGUGUGCCUACCCAACCCUUUUUGGGCGUGUGAAAUGUAGUGGAGCAUGGAUGGGUUAGCUCCGUCGUCAUCUGCAUCAUCAUCAACAACACGGAAGCUUUUAAAUUCAUCGCCACGUCGAGAUCAUCAUCAUCAUCUUCAUCAGCAUAAUUUACAGGUCUAUUCGUCACGAGGGACGAGGAAGACGCCGCCAACGACUCAUCAUUACGACGACCCCGACUCAUUGUCAUUUUUAGCCUCGCUCCUACUUGGCGUAAUAAUAAUAAGCGUUAAGCUGACAAGAGGAGCAAAUUGGGGGGAAUUAUUCUUAUCAAGGACAAGUGCUACUCGUAGUGCUGGUAAUAAAUCAGGAUUGCAAAUAGUAGGACGAGAUCAUGCUUCCGAGGAGGAACUGGUGGUGAGAAAAAGUGCGGAAUGUUAUUACAGGCGAGAAAUUGAAACUGUUUUUACUCCUCGACUACUUGGCAGCAAGAGUGGUGCUUGUGGUCGUUUUUGUGGUGGUGAAAGUGUGUCCGUUUCAAUUUUGUUAGUGGUGGGACUCUCACGAAUUAUAGCAUGUCUGGGAAACGCCGCGUGUUUUCGCUCGGUGGUCGCAAACUGGGGUCGGUGGGAAGUGGGGAGCGGAUUGUCAAGUACUCGACGGGACAUUCUCACUCGGACAAUAAGGACGAUGAUUUAGAAGACAUCGCCAUCGUGUCCAAUACCGACUUGGGAGAGGUGACAUAUGGAGGUGGGCAGGCUCCCAAUUACUCACAGGCCAAUGGACCUAGGCUCGUUCCAGGAAUAAUCACAAGCGCCGGAACCCGAGGUCCUCCACCCUCCUUCGUGGGCACAGUGAGUGAACGUUUACAGCACCAAGGAAGCCUUUCUGUCGGAAGUCCGCUCCUGGGCGGAGAACACCACAACGGAUCCGAGUUGACCAAUGGGACCGAAGGUGGCGGAGGUGGCGCUGGUGAACCACCCACUUACCUCACCGGCCGCGGCGCGACGGCCCGCGCCUCCCUCGGUGGAGGUCGUAACGCGCGAUCAGCCUCUAAACAAAGUCUGUUAGAUCUGGUCGGGAAUCGAUUAGGAGUUUCUGGUGGCCUUUCCCUCGGGGGUGUCGGACUCGGUGGGAGGAAUAAGCGCUUCUCUCGCGAGUCUUUCUCCGCCUCGGCACAAGCGAACGCGGGUGUCGGCGGUGGGGGUGGUAACCAGCGGAGUAAUUUACAGUCGCAGUACACACCCGCGUCCGCCUCGGAGUUGGACGUGUCCUCGAAACGGUCGCGGGACAAGAGGAAAGACUUGAGGAGUAAGUUGAAGCUGGACAAGUGGGAAAAUUCGACGACCACUUCGGAGAAAACGGGGUGCCGUUGGACCUUCGUUUUCGACCCGGCUGGAAGAUUGUGCUAUUAUUGGUCCAUGGUCGUGUCGCUCGCCUUUCUAUACAAUUUCUGGGUCCUACUGUACCGGUUUGCGUUCCAGGAAAUCACCCCACAAACCCUCAUCGUUUGGUUUUGUCUGGAUUAUUGCGCCGAUUUUGUGUACCUGAUCGACAUUGGGGUCCACUUCCGGACCGGUUACUUGGAGGAUGGCGUUCUCCAAACGGAUUCCACCAAGCUGCGUCAUCACUACAUGAACUCGACCACGUUCUACAUCGACUGCCUCUGCCUCCUCCCACUCGACUUUUUAUACCUCUCCAUCGGCUUCAAUUCCAUUCUAAGGUGCUUCCGACUGGUCAAGAUUUAUCGAUUUUGGGCCUUCAUGGACCGAACUGAAAGACAUACUAAUUACCCCAAUGUAUUCAGGUCAAUAAGCUUAGUUCACUACCUGCUCGCCAUUUACCACUGGAAUGCUUGCAUUUUCCACAUAAUUCAGAAGAACAAGGGGUUCGGGGACCCCUCCUGGGUGUACCGGAUGGACAACUCGUCCGACGUGGUGAUGCACUAUCUCCAGAGCUUCUACUGGUCGACCCUCACUCUGUCCAUGGUCGGCGACCUGCCCCGGCCUCGAGUCAAGAUGGAAUACCUUUAUGUGAUUUAUCAACUCCUCCUCGGCCUUUUCCUCUUCGCCACCGUCUUGGGCCAUGUCGCCAACAUCGUCACGAACGUGUCCGCGGCACGGAAAGAGUUCCAAGGGCGAUUGGACGGUGUGAAGACUUACAUGCGGAUGCGACGUGUCCCUAGCUACUUACAAGUCAAAGUGAUCAAAUGGUUCGAUUAUUUGUGGUUGACUCAAAAGUGUUCGGAUGAGGAUAAAACGGUCGGCUGUCUUCCAGACAAACUCAAGGCAGAGAUUGCGAUCAACGUGCAUCUGGACACAUUGCGACGAGUGGAAAUAUUCCAAAACACGGAAGCUGGUUUUCUAUGUGAACUCGUCCUACGACUUCGGCCUGUUCUAUUCUCUCCGGGAGAUUACAUUUGCAGAAAGGGUGAGGUUGGCAAAGAAAUGUACAUCGUGAACCGGGGAAGACUCCAAGUAGUAGCAGACGACGGGAAAACGGUGCUCGCCACCCUCAAGCCGGGCUCAUAUUUCGGAGAAAUCUCAAUCCUCAAUAUGGGAACUGCAGGUAACCGACGGACAGCUUCAGUUCGAUCUGUGGGUUACAGUGAUUUAUUCGUCCUGUCAAAAACGGACAUGUGGGAUGUCCUCAAAGAAUAUCCUGCAGCGCGGGUCCGAUUGGAAGCAAUAGCUUGCAAGCGACUCGAAAAGUAUAAGAAAGCGCCCUUGGAGAAAGCCGCUUUGGGCCGCUGUAACUCGACCCCAGGUUUGGUGGAGACGCUGGGUCAAGUGCCUCUCGAGGAGAUGUGGGUCAACCCUGAAGAACCCGAGAACAAGCCCUUAAUAAUGUCCUCCGCCGCCCAUCACAGUCAUGGACAACAUGGACAAAAUUCGGCCACCUCAAACUCCUCCAUACCCUCGUCCGAGGAGGACAAGUCGAAUAAGGGACAUCUUCCAAAAAUUAACUUUUAUACCUCAGGUGCCAGUGUAACUUCCUCACGCGAAAGUGAUGCUCGGAUGGCAUCUGCCGCAUCGAGAAGUACGGCCACCGUCCUUUCCCCGGCUAAUUUGAUGGCUGCCCCGGGCGGGGGUGGCGUCACGCCGUCGUCAUUCCUACACGUGCCGGACCACGAGUCGUCCCACCUCUCAAUUUCACCCCUCUCCGCGGACCAUGUCUUCUUCCAGCAGCACCAUCAUCCUCAUCCUUCCACGGUUCGAAGAUUAUCCGGAUCUGCGGGAAGUUCUAGUCACAUGAUGAUGGGCGUCUCCGCCUUACUCGACGCCACACAGGAUGCCGCCCUCCUCCAAGAAAUUCGCCGCCUGCGGGAACGUCUCGUGACAUUGGAGACGGAAAAUGCAACUCUUAAUUUAAAACUUUCCCAGCAACAGUGGGAAGUUGAGCAUCGUUUGGCCGAGAUUGAAAUGCAUAUUUGCGGCGCUUCCAGUGCGGCCUCGAGCGCGGAUGAGGAACGGAAUAAGGAAUCCGCCAUUUAAAACCACCAAAAUGAGAUCUUUUUAUUAUUAUUCUUGUUGUUAUCAUUGUUAUUUAACAUAAAUUAAGAUGUAGAUUCCAAUUUGUAUAUAAAAAUCUACAUAUUUACAACAUCAAUGAAUUAUUAUUGACCAAGAAAAUAUGCCAAAAACUAACAAAACCUUUGAGGAUGAGGAUAAAAACAAAACCUAGGAAAAAAAAUAAUAAUCUAUUCUACUCUCUGAUUUGUAAUACCAACCAAACCAGUUGAAAACACCAAAAAAUUUUAUACUUUUUAACCCAUAAAAACAUUCCCAAUAAGUACACAAAUAAUGACCAUACCGACUUUUAAAUAUGUAGUAAUUAACUAUUCUACAUUGUAAUAAUAAUAAUAAUAAAUAAUGAUAGUCGCGCGGUGGCCUAUUAAGCUAAAAAUAAUAAUACAGCGAUUAUGUAAAAUAGCACACAACACAUUUUAGUCCUUAAAAAACAAUUCAUGACUAACAUACAUACUUAGUUUUCUUAACGGAAGGAUGAGAACAAGGUGCCAAAGACAUACAUAAAACUUUUUAUUCUUAAUUCUUAGUUAGAUUCUUAAUGAGAGCAGAUGGUUUAAUAAUUUGUGAUAAAAAUAUUCUGGUUUUUCUAGUCUUAAAAUUAGGAAUUGUCAGGUCAUGAUGAUAUGAUGAUGAUGAUAUUGAGUGAUGAAUAUGAUGACGCAGUGAGACUUAUUAAAUAAACAUGAUUUUUCGUAGGGGUAAAUAAUUAAUUAGUGUAAAUUUUAAUCAAAUAUUUAAUUACUUAUCACUAUCCGCACCUUGUACUCGUACUGUUGUACUACUAAUAAAAAUAUGUUACAAAAUAGCCACACAAACUGUAAGUAACCUUGUCGUCGUCACUUUCUCAAAUACCCAUUUAUGCAAUUUUGUAACUAAUAAGUAAUCAAUUUAAUAUCUUCCAAAUUCACUUAAAAAACUUGCAAAAAAAUAACUGGAUUACGAAACAUUAACGUCUUCUCUCUUUUUAAAUAUCCACAACUUUGAAAAACUACUCAUUACUGAGAAAGAAAACUAAGCAUCCAGUCAAACA